GACAAGCUUGCGGUCAGGUGGGUGUGGGGGUGAUGGAGGGUGAGGGGAGGGUGUCCAGGCGCCGCACGAGUCAUCAGCAGCGGGGGGGACGAGGUGGAGGGGAGGCCUCGGUGGGCGGCCAGGGAGGGAAGGUGGCUGGCAAUACCCACGAGGGCCGCCCAGGGGGUAAAAAGUGGAGCGAUAACCCAAUAAAAGGUGCGUGGCUGGAGGUGUGCUAACCACCUCUCCCCGCCAGGCCUCGCCGGCUACUUGGCGGUGAAGGGUAUCACUGCCUGAGCCAUCUUGACUCCUGGGUGUGUGUGAUCCUCCAUAAAUUAUUCAGAGAUCGGGGCCCAAUCCACCGAGCCGUCAGCCAAGGUGUCGCCUUCCACACUUACGCGCCGACUACACUUGUAACAGCGUGAAAUUAACUUUGCCGCUCAGCCAAUCAACGAUAGUAUGAUACCGCGACACUCUAGUUCCUGGACCAAUCACAGGCAGGGGCGCUCAUUCACGCCACGCCCCCUCCCGCCUCGCGGCCAAUGACGGGAGGGAUCCAGCCAGCUGAUCGAAGCCAUUAGUCUUGUGGGCGGGGAAAUGGCGGGCCCACUUGAGACACUCAAAUGCUAGCUUUUUCUCUGCCUCUAUCGUCACUCGGCGUUCGGCACCGAAGCAUUAAGCGCACUUUUUCAUCUGCUCCUCACCUUUCGGUCGCCGCUAUCGGGAAGUGUCGUAAUUUGUGCUUCCGCUUCAGUCCUGUCACACUCUGGAACUCCGAGAGACUGACAGUGAUAAAUUGUUUGGCUACUUUGUUGAACUUUGGAAGUGUUGUUUUUGACUUGCUGGACCAAGUCCUCGAGCAUUAGGUGCGCGGGAGGCGCGUGAAGGCACGAGGGAACACGUGCAGCCUCGCUAUGAGGUGACCUGGACGGCAGCAGCCCGCUACCCACACCGCCCACCGCCAUGUCCUACGAGGUGGCCAGCGUCAUCACCCGCGGCAGUCCCUCCCUGGCCCACAGCAGGUCGCCCUCGCCCCUGGGCAGGCGCUCGCCUUCCUCCGCCGUGGGAAGCCUUGCGGAUGGACUCAGGGUGUCCGGCUCCCCCGAAGUGUCCAGCACCAGUCCCGCCCCCGCCCGCGGCUCAGACAGCGGGGCCAGUUCUCCAAAGACAUCGUCGCCACCUUCGCACAAGUCCUUCAGCAUCUCCAGCAUCCUCAGCCGCGACGACCCCAAGAAGGAUGCCGCCUGCGAGUCUCCGUUCCCUUUCACGCACCAGCACGACGCCCUCGCCGCCAGAUUAGGGCUGAUGAGUCACAUGUCCGCCCUGGCCGCCCGGCACCCGUUCCUCUCCUUGUACCCGGACCUGAGCGGCGUGAAUCACACCUCGCCCAUGACACCCCUGGGCGGCAUGGGGGUCCCACUCACCGCCAAGGCCCCGUGGUACCCGCCCUGGGCCAUCCCUCCCCUCGCAGCGCUCGCCUCCGCCAGAGAGAAAGAAGCUGAGUCCCCUUCCGGCGGCGGCUUGGGGAGCCCCAGCAGCGAGGCCCCUGUGGAGGUGGUUCGAUCUCGCUCGCCCUCACCCGGACCUCGCUCCCCCUCCCCCCCACCCUCACCCCCAACCCCUUCACGAGACGACCACCGGGUGGGGGACGGCGAGGGAGGCAUCGGGUGCGCGUCGGGGUCCACGACCGCCGGUGGGCCCGACGAAGCUGAGGAAGAUCGAAAGCGGCGUAAGAAGAAAACACGAACAGUAUUCUCGCGGUCUCAAGUGUUCCAGCUGGAAAGCACAUUCGACAUGAAGCGGUACUUGUCGUCGUCGGAGCGGGCGGGCCUGGCCGCCUCUUUGCACCUCACAGAGACGCAGGUCAAAAUAUGGUUUCAGAAUCGUCGCAACAAGUGGAAGCGGCAGCUGGCGGCAGAGUUGGAGGCGGCGAACAUGGCUCACGCGGCCCAGCGCCUGGUGCGUGUGCCCAUCCUGUACCACGACGGUUCCUCCUCCGCUGAAGCUGCCCACACUCCUCCAGCGCCGCCUCCGCCCUCCUCCCUUCCCCCUCAGCCCGCACUCCCUCCAUACUCCCUCUACUACCCUCCCGUCACCUCGGGCUACUCCACCACCGUUCAGGCCCCCACCCCAGUCAGACCCACACUUUCCUCCCUCGUGUAGGGGACCCGCCCUCCCCCCACGUCAAAGUGAAAUCAAAACCCAAGCACUCUCAACUCCUCUUCCGCUCCACCUCGAUAUUAGCGGUGCAAAUAAGCAGCAUAAAAUUGCAGGUGUUGAUGCCACUUUAUAUCACGAUGGUCCACUCUAAGCCUGCGGCCCUCAGUCCCUCAGUCCCUUAGCCCGCCCCGACCAGCGGCCAGCGUGGUGCAUGAGGGAUCCAGUUUGGCGGGUUUAGUAAGGAUCAAAGGCUCAUAUUGCGGCGAGCAGGCCGCACUUUGCAGUGAGGACUGGCCGUCGGGCCGCGCGGGACCUGUCCCUCCCCGCACACUGCGUCUCCGUGUUGAUUCUAAAUAAUACAAACUGAAUCGAUGUUAUUGUCAGUGAGAGAGCUCCGUUAGUUAUGUGUUGUGAUGUGUUACCUCACCAUAGUGACGAAGAGGCUGUACAAAUUAUGGAUGUAAAUUGUACAUACUGAAUAUAAAUAUAUUUAUUGAUUUUUAUUCUUCUUUGUAAGAGAAUAUUUAUUGAUUUUCUUCAGUGACGGAAAAUAUUUUCCCCAUGAUUUUAAAUUUAGGCUAAACUGUUUAGUCAAUGUCAGUGGAGUUAGCGCAAACAGGUGACCAUUACUCGUUGGCUGUGCUGCGCGGCGGCCGGCGAGAGCUUCAUUGUUGGGCGGGACCUGCAGCCUGCCACCCUGCCACCCGCCACCUGCCACAGGUCUGCGCCCUAGCCGCCCAACCCACCAAGAGCAAUGUACAUAUCAUUAGCCUAAUGCCAAAUUAUCAGUGACUGAUUAUUAAAUGUUUUAAAUCA